AUGCAGCACGGAGACACCAUGGGGUGGGAUUUGUUGCCAGCCCUGCAGUCUUUGGCGGGGGAGGAGGGGGAGCGUGUGGGGGCGGAGGUGGUGGUGGAGGAGGGGGAGGCUGCGGUGGCGGCGGGGGAGGUGGAGGAGGAGGAGGAGGCUGUUAGGUAUGAAGACGACGGGUAUGGAUGA